UUUAUAGAUGCGACUGUGCAGCAAAUACAAAAGAAGAGAAGAAUCUCAACAACCACUGUUGUUAAGUUGAAAAUUUAAGAUCCGAUUUGUGGAGUUGUUGUUGUUUCCAUGUCUACCAUAUCCUGUCUGCAUAGAUAUAAUAAUGUAAAUUUUGUUAUACUUACUUUUUUAUUGCUAGUAAUAAAGUGUCUGAUGUACAUGAUCAAAAUAACACAGUGGGAAAAACAAAGUAUAAAAGUAUAUUUUAGAACUAUAAUUUGUAAUGAUAAGGAUAAAGAAGUGAUAGCAAAAGAAAGAGGCUAUAACGAUUUUGAACAUUCAAAUUUAUUUCAAAGAGUGAAAAAACAAUUAUUAUUAAAAGGUUUUAAUGAUUCUGGUUGCGUUCACAAGCUUGCUGUACAUGAACGGCAAUAUAUGAGUUUGAGUGGUCUAUUCCAGACUUGAGCAUGCAAGAUAAUAAUAACAAGGUUUGGUUACAAUUAGACGAACAAACUUCAAAUGGUGUUGAACAUGUUCGCCCGCUUAGGAUUUAUCAAUCUUGAUAUAAGAAUAGACGAUGACUUGACAAAUUACAUUAACUCUUCUACUCCUUCUGGAGAUUUGUCAAAGCCAACUAAUAUAUUAGUUCAAGUGUUUUUUCAACAAUAAAAUUAAAAAUGAAGAGAAAGACGAUGUGUAUGAUUCAUUGUUGAUCAAUUUAGGAAAUUACCAACACAAUACAAGUUAUAUGAAGGAACAAGAUAAAGAAAUACAUUUGUUGCGUAUGCGUCGGAUUCAUUAGUGGACAAAGAGCUAUAAUAUAGCUUGUACAGAUACGCCUUGCACAAAUUAAUUUGCAUGCAUUCAUUGUUUUAUAUUCAUCUACAUCCUAUCUCUCUCUCUUCUCCCAUCUCAAUCAUACUUACUUAUACUGCAAUAGAAUCUUUUACAAGAGCUAAACUAAUUUUGCAUAUAAUAGAUCGUUCUUGUAAUAAAAAAAAAAAGGAGGUAUUCAUUGAAGAUUUUGACGGAUUAUUUUUUUUAGACAGGAUUUCU